UCUCUUUUUUAAGUUAUCUCUUUUCUCUCUCUAAUUCAUUUGAUGGGACACUCUUUCAAACCCUUCAAAAAGUUUCUAAAACUACGCGUCCUUCCCAACACAACCAACCAACUAACUUCACUCCUAAAACCCUAACCUCUCUCACUCUCUCUGCUCAAUUAUUCUCCAUCAAUUCCCUCUUCACUUUCAAUUCCCUAAUCCCGCCUCCCCUCCUUCAUGGACGAUGCUGCUGACAAUCCCGAUUCCGGAGACCACUUCGCCAUCGGCUCUAACUGGAAUCUCCACCCUCACUCCGAUAACGUCGAUUACUUCUUCGCUAGCCACAGGGAGAGCAGUAUACUCAAUGAAUUCGGAUGGAAUCUUCAUCCCUACCAUACUUCUACUGAGAGCAGCCGCUUUGACGAUUUCGACAGGAUCGAUGCCCUGACGGUAAACCAUGGGUUUGCACCUGAGACCUGUAGUAGCGUCUUGCAGGGAUCGGUUAGUUGUGGUGAUCAGGCGCGUACGGUUGGGUCUGGGAUUGGUGGUGGUGACGUGUCAACUUCGAACCCGUCAGUCUCGUCGAGUUCCAGCGACGAUCCGCCCGAUAAGUCUACGAGCUCCGGCGGUAAACCACCUGAGAUACCGAGUAAAGUUAGAAAGAAGGGACAAAAGCGAAUCCGCCAGCCCCGUUUUGCAUUUAUGACUAAGAGUGAAGUUGAUCAUCUUGAGGAUGGUUACCGUUGGCGGAAAUAUGGACAGAAAGCAGUUAAAAAUAGUCCAUUUCCCAGGAGCUACUAUCGAUGCACAAACAGCAGAUGUACCGUGAAGAAGAGGGUUGAACGGUCUUCUGAAGAUCCCACCAUUGUGAUCACUACAUAUGAAGGCCAGCACUGUCACCAUGCUGUUGGUUUUCACCGAGGUGGAAUCAUUAGCCAUGAAGCGACAUUUGUCAGCCAGUUAACCCCCUCAGUUUCACAAUUUUAUUAUCCUGGAAUUCAGUUACCUGAAAUUCCUCCAACUAUUACAGAGUCAAAUCAGUUAUCUGUUCAAAGAAUUGAACCCACUACACUAUUAGUGCCAAGCCCACGGAUUCCAGCAGAUGAAGGGCUUCUUGGAGACAUUGUUCCUCCUGGGAUGCGUACAUGAGGUACUUACGCGUGGUGAUACCUAUUCUCAAACUUAGAAAUUUCAUUUUCUGUGAUGAGUUUGGGUAUUUGUAAUUAAAAAUAUAGUACAAAGGAGCAAGAUGUCCUCCUCAUGUUGCACUCAUUACUCUUCAGUUAGUUGGGAGUAAAUUUAGGUUAGGUCGAUUUAUGUACCCCUCUAAACGUAACCAUGUAUAUAUAUAACCUUGUGCUUUCCCUUUUUUUUUUUUUUUUUGUA